AAGGAGAAGUGUGGAAGCAAGUACACUUUUACAAUUAAAUUCUAAAUCAUUCUUAAUCCACUAUCAAUGAAUGUUUGUUAAGAUAACAAAACAAAACCCCACACAUGAUCAUCAAUAUCAUUAUCAUGCUCUUCUCUCCCUCUCUCUUUCUCAUCACUGUUCCCUUCCUUUCUACCUUCCAAUAAAAAACAUCCACCUCUAAUCAGACAAACACAAAACCUUGUUUUUAUAACUCUCUUUGUUUCUUCUUCCACUUCCAUUUCCAUUCCAUCAUCAUUAUUUUAACCACACCAAACUACCAACAACCGUUCUUUCCUCUGUCUUUUCCAUACCUUGCCGUUUCUCAAAACAAUAACUAAUUUCUGGGUAUUGUAUCCAUAAAGUCUAGUCUUGUGACCCAUUCCAUACGUAACUUUUGACGCUGAAAAACAAAAAUAAACACUGCGCCCUUUUUUUCUUCUUGGAAAGUGAUGGAACUUGCUGAAAUUCCUGAGUUGGAUAUGGUUUCUUCUUCUUGUGAAGUUUUGGAAUCAGGAGAUAGCUUUGUCGUUGAUAUGGACUCUUUCUCUUCCACCAUCAAUAAAGACAUCAUCAAUGCCAAUUCAAGAACAACAUUGCAGAGGAGCCUUUCUAGGAAAGGAUCUCAACGUUGGAAUGAUAGGAAUGUGAAUGGUUGUAACGUUGCAGUUCAAGACAAAGAUAUUGUCCCUACUACAUGCUCUCCGAAAGCUUCUUUGUUGGGACCUUCCAAGUCAACAGUAAUGGCUGUAGGGUCCAUACAGAAUUCAAUAAACACACAACAACAACAAGUACAUCAUCAAAUUACUAUCACAACAGCUAGUAGUAACAUGUGUAACAACACCAACACAGAAAACAAAUGUAUGACGACGAGGAGAAAUAGUUUUGGACGAUCUUAUUCAUGGCUCCUUGAUCCUAAGAAAAUUCUUCUUAUCUUUGCCACAUUGUCAAGCGUGGGAACGUUAUUACUGAUAUACUUGACUCUUAGUAUAAGCAAGCAUAAUAACGGAGUUGAAUAUGGAAGUGAUUUGCAGUAGUUAUAUAUUCGAGCGCGACUUAUACUAGAUAGAAUGAGAUUUGAAAGCUUGUGAAUGCUAACUAGAGCUCCCACCAUCUUUAUGUCGGAAUCAAUUACCUCUUCUGGAGGUACAAGAGGGAGUUAAAGUAUGAGGAAGUUACUUUUUUCUUAUUCUCUUAGGGUUUAUAUACCUCAGCUUGUAUGAUUCUGUUCUGUUUUUGCUCUCACAUGCAAUCAUAAUAGCAAAUGAAACUUUUUCCAUAUUUGUAAAUUUUAAAGUUAAGAUAGGGAAAAGGAAGAGGAAAAGAGAAGCAAUAGUGCAAUGUUAUGAAUGAGGCCCAUGAAAGGUGCCUAGAAGCUACAAUACAAAAGUGCAAUACCGUGAGCAGUAGGAACUAAAGAGACAUUGCACGCUCUAUGAGAUUUUUGGUCUUUGUCAAUAAAGCUGUAAUCCACUAGUUGUAAUUUUCAGGGCCAUGUCAUGUUUGAUAUACAGGGAAACUUUUGGGAAUAAACUAGAUGUGUCAUGUGUGAAUCAUUUAGUUUGAUUUGGCAAGUUUCUUAUGUUGUGUA